AAUUGGACAAUGGCACGACUUGUUGUUUUGGCAGCUUUAGGAGUGCUGCUCACCCUGCAAAUGGUGAGCUCCACCAAGCUGGUAUGCUACUUCUCCAACUGGUCCCAGUACAGACCCAGCGUGGGCAAGUUCACUCCCGCCAACGUGGACCCUUUCCUCUGCACGCAUGUGAUCUACACACUGGCCACCAUCAGCCCCGAGAAUAAGCUGGCCACUGUUGAGUGGAAUGAUGAGGACAUGUAUAGACAACUGAACAACCUCAAACUGACCAAUCCUAACAUGAAAACUCUCCUCGCUGUUGGAGGCUUGGUCGAUGGAGUCAGUCCAUUCGUCCCCAUGGUAUUCACGCCAGAGGGCCGUCAAACAUUCAUCCGUUCGGCCUUGAGUUUCCUGCGAACUUUCAACUUUGAUGGGCUGGACCUGUGCUGGGAUUUUCCUGGACAAAAUGGCAGCCCACUGGACGACAAGCAGAGGUUCACUGCCCUGCUCACGGAGCUGAGACUGGCCAUUAUGGCUGAGGCCGUGUCCAACAAGAAACCCCCCCUCCUACUCUCUAUCAAAGUCGGCGCUAUGAGGGACACAGUCGAUAUCUCCUACGAGGUUCCAGAGGUGUCAAGUCAAGUGGACUUCAUCAGCAUCAUGACCUAUGACUAUCAUGGUGCCUGGGAGAAAAAGACUGGACACAACAGCCCCCUCUACCCCAGCUCUCUCGACUCAGCAUCUCAAGCUCACCACAACAUUGACUCGACUGUGACCUACUGGCUGGCCAAGGGUGCCGAUUCUGACAAGCUGCUCCUGGGGUUCCCCACGUAUGGCCGCACAUUCCAUCUGGCGACCUCGGAGUCAGGCCCCGGAGCUCCAGCAGACGGCGCGGCUGACCCCGGCCCUUACACCCGCGACGCUGGCUUCUGGUCCUACUAUGAGGUUUGCUCCUUCACAUCAUCUGGCACAGUGGGUUGGAUCGCAGAACAGAAGGUUCCCUACGCAACCCAUGGCAGCUCCUGGGUGGGCUAUGAUAGCAAGGAGAGCUUUGCUGCAAAGACCCAGUGGCUGAGGGUGAGGAACCUGGGUGGGGCUUCAGUGUGGAGUCUUGACCUGGACGACUUUGGAGGUGUCUUCUGCGCAGAUGGCAAAUACCCUCUGGUCAACUACCUGCGCAACUCACUGGGUUUCCCACCCAAACCCACCACCACUCAAGCCCCCACCACCACGCCGGACCCCGUGGCCAGUUUCUGUGUGGGCCGCCCCGACGGCCUUUACCCAAACGCUGCCGACGCCACCACCUACUUCCAGUGUUUCCGUGGAAACACCUACGUGCACAGCUGCCAGCCUGGCCUUGAGUACCAAGACUCCUGCAAGUGCUGUGACUAUCCAUAAGGAAAGACAGGGACAGCUCUGGAGGCCAAAAAACGCAGCUUUGUGUCAGUAUCAUUAAUCAGUGGGAUGUUUGGACGUUUUUUAUCCCUUCUUUUGUAAAGUGCUAUGCUGACUGAAUGUUACUGUGAAGAGAAAGAUUUUUUUUUUACUCUCAAAUAAAAGAUACACAU